AUGCAGGAAAGGAUGUCACUAUAUGAUCUACCAGAAAUUUCACCACUUGAUGAGGACUCGGUAUUUCUUCCAGGAGUUUCUUCUACCAUUCCGGGGGCUUUAUCGCUAGAUUCUGAAGCUUUGUCCUCAGAGUGUAAAACAAACUCCGGGUUGCCUUCACGGGGGUUUGGAAUUGCGGCUACUGUGGAUGCUGAGGUUAACGCCUCCACAAGAUUUAAUGUACCUGCUGUUCAAUAUGCCCAGCCCACCCCACAUCAAGAACUGGGGCAAUCUUUGGGAAAUGCUUUUGUUGACCAACAAUGUAAUUCAAAUUCCGCGGCGAAUCCGCGUGUUCCGUUCGUGACUCCAUUGAAUGAAAGACCUAGGCAAUUUUACACCCCGACUAUGAACUCUGAUACACAGAAGUCCGCCAACAAUUUAAAUUUCGAUGAGUGGUACCGCGAUGGCGGAGAUUAUGCGAGCCCAUGCCCUGCUCCUCGUGGAGAAACCUCUAGGGACCAAAGUGUUGUUGACUUGAGGUUCCUUGGCUCUUUAUCACAUUAUAUUAUAUCCAACCCUGUUUCUUCACAGAUUCAUUCUACUGUUCGCCGCCUGGAUUUCCAUAAAGAUUUCCCCCCAGAAUUAUCUCAGUCUGAAUUUGAUGAGCUGGUAGAUUCCAAUGAAUUUUUGCCUGACCUGCUCUUAUCUCCAUCGCCUUGCCACCCGGCUGAGCAGAAAAUUUUCAAGAAACAUGAAGCCUCGGACUUCUGUCUCGAGAGCCCAACACUCAAACCUCCGCGAAGGGAGAAAAAAAUGUUCGUGCGCGAAUAUAACUUACGAAAACUGCCUACAAGAAAAGUUAAAAGACCCCAAGGACCCUCUCCGAUCCUUCAAGUCCCGCAAUGCAAGAGAAAAAGCCAAAAAGAUUCGCAGGAGUCCAUAAAGCUAGGUAAGAAGCCUGCUUCUGAUGGGUGUAGUGACUGA